AUGUCGUCGUCGGUCGGAGGUGGAGGGGGAGGCGGCGCGGCUUUGGCCGGAGGGGACGUCGCUGGCCUUCUGGACAAGGCCAAGGAGCUGGACCAGCUGCGGAAGGAGCAGGACGAUGUGUCCACCGAGAUCAAUAAGAUCCACAAGAAGAUCAUCUCCUCCCCAGAGAUGGUGGAUAAAUCAGUUGAUGCCAUGAUGGCUAGGCUUCGUGGUUUUUAUGUACAAGCAAGAGAACUCUCUGAGAGUGAAGUCAGUGCUUCAUCUGCUUUGGUUGGACUAUUAGAUGGUUUGUUGCAAUCUGGAGUUUCAGCUGCACCAAGAAAAAAGAUAGAAAUCAGUGAACAGAAAAAGAAGAGGAUGAAGUCUGAUACAGAUACAACACGAUUUUCCUCUGCAUCUAUGAGGAGCCAACUUGACCAAGCUGCAAACCUUAAAGGAGAGCAGGUUGCAGCUAGGGUAAAAUCGGAUGAUGAAAAAGACGAGUGGUUUGUGGUGAAGGUCAUACAUUUCGAUAAGGAAACAAAAGAAUUUGAAGUACUGGAUGAGGAGCCUGGUGAUGAUGAAGAGAGUGCCCAAAAGUUUGAGAGGAAAUACAAGUUGCCUAUGUCAUAUAUUAUUCCAUUUCCAAAGAAAGGAGAUCCGUCUAGUGCUCAGGAUUUUGGACAGGGUCGGCAAGUCUUAGCUGUUUAUCCUGGCACAACAGCAUUAUAUAGGGCUACCGUAGCCUCUCAACGUAAGAGGAAGUCUGAUGAUUACAAUCUCUUAUUUGAUGAUGACGAAGAGGAUGGGAAUCUACCAGAGAGAGCUGUUCCAUUUUACAGAGUGGUUGCGCUCCCGGAGGGCCAUCGGCAAUGA